AUUAAUGACCUAAUCAUUUGGUCAUAAAUUCAUUUAUACACUCCAAAUAAUUAUCGGUCAAUGUCACGUGAACGUGUAAUUUCACAUUUGGCAAAUGUGAAAGGACACAUUCACGUGACAUUGACCGAUGCUUUUUCACAACAUUGUCAGGCCAGAUAACUAUGUCCAUGUUUGACCUGUGUCAGUGACCAUGUGAUACAUGUAAAAGACAUAACAGUAGCACUGUAAAGAUGACUGAAGGUGGCGCCAGACGUGAUACACCAGGGUUCCAUAGACAGGUCCCUAUGUCCAAUCAAGCCCUGGAAAAUGCCUCCAAAGAGACAAGCACUGUAAUGAGCUGGCUUGGCUAUGGGCCGGAGAUCCGGCGGGCACGAGGAGACGAAUACAGGAAAUUAGGCAAGAACAAUAGCUCUGGAGUGGUAACGUGGAGCAUUGUGGGUAGCAAGGCUGAGGGGCUGACCUGCGUCUUUGAAAGUGAUCAAGACAUGUUAAAAAUACUCAAUAGUGUCAUCUGUUUAGAAGAUGGUGUUAAUGCUAGUACCUUUCAUAGGGAGAUGACCGUGUUGAGAUCAUACAGCCGUUUGAGUUACCCCGGACACUGUAGAUUGCUACUAGAGAGAAGCGGUACACCGAUUCCAUCGAAAGUUAACGAUGCGUUUUGUGAUGAUGAGUAUGGUCGAGAAAUUCUCAGCAAUGACUUAUAUCUUAAAAACUGGUCGAAGAAACUACCUGGGGAGAACGUGGCGCGUGCGGGACCGUCAUUACCAACUACAUUGAGGGGAGUAUUACACUAUGACAAUGUACAUGCAUUCCGUUACCACUGCCCACACAUCCUGUCAAAAUGGGCCGCAAGACCUCGCCACUGGCCGCCACCGGAAGCCGUUCAGAAAGUCGUAUCACUUGGGGCAUUUCUUGCGCCUGUUGGUUUUAAAGGAAGUGAACAUAAAGAUUUUGAAUGGAGAGUUUGUUUCAACGCCGGGGAGAUUGAACUAGUAAACAAUCUUAACGACACUCAAAUUAAAGUGUAUGUGUUAUUGAAAAUGGUUAAGAGCGCUGUAUUAAAUCCACGUAAGAAAGAAGUUUCGUCGUACACGUUGAAAAACAUUGUAUUAUGGAUUGCGGAAAAAAAAUCCUCAGUCCUUGUUCCAUGAAAGAAGUCAGUUGCACUGGUUGCAUGUAGGAUUGGAAGUGUUAAGAGCUGCGUUGGUAACCCAAAAGCUUCCAUAUUAUAUGAUUCCAGGUAGAAAUCUGAUGGCCGCCUGUGGACUUGGGGAGGAACAGAAGCGUAUAUGGAUAUCAACGAUUUCAGAAAUGAUGAAUGAAGGGCCGAGGAUGAUCUUGAGACUUCCAAAGAUACGACAAGUCCUUGUUGCACAUCCUGAACCAUUCCGAUGGUACAGCAGGAGGAGAAUGGAGCUGGAGAUGCUGGAGCUCAAAAGACAUAACAGAUUUCUCCUUUGUAUGGAUAAGAACUAUGUGGUUGAUGAGACAGAUGUUAUGCUGCAGGCAAUAACGAAAAGAAUGGAUGACAUAGUGACGGAGGUUCGCGAGAGGAUGAUUAUGGAAGGGAGUCCAGUGAACAGCCAUCAAUAUGUUUUUGAUCGAAUUUUGAUGUAAAACGUUUACAUUGAUCAAUUUGUCAGUUACUAGGCAUUGAUAAAACGCAUUUAUAAAUAGUGAGUACUUUCAUUGUUUAUAGGAUCAAAGAGCAAUGCUAAGAAUAAGAUGCUAAUUAAAUGAAUUUAGGUAAUUAUUUUGUGUUGAGUAAUUGAUGUGUAAAGUCUUAAAAUAGAUUGCAGAUGAAAGCACAUUUUAAACAAACUGUCUUACAAGUGUCUUGUUUAUAAUCGGCUAUAACUUUUAUCAGGACAAUAAUAUUUGCUAAAAAGUGAUUUUGUUAGAAAUUUUAUCGCAAAAAUGUGUGUUUAUCUCGUUGAGAAAAAACUUAUUGUGACCGGAAAUAUUUUUUCGAACAUAUUUCCGUUAUCGAUAUUACUAAUUUUCAUAUCUAUGUUUUUCUGCCUAGGAAAUUGCUUGAAUACCGUUUUUGCAGAAUCCAUUCAUAGCAUAUAGGGUUCAGUUUUAUUCAUUCAUUCAUUCAUUUCAUAUUUUAACAAUUUGUACAACAUGGUACAUUAAGAAUAUAUUACACAUAAACUAAGUUGUAUCUGCUUAUGACAAAAGAAAAAGCAAACAUAUAGUUUAAAAUAGCAUCAGAGUUGAUAAAUCAAGCAUACAGAGAUACAGGUUUAUAAUAUUCAAUAAAUUAGAUAACAUAAUAGAAAAAUUUGAGACCGUAAAACAAUAAUACUAGAAUUGGUAAAUAAAUGUAAAAUACUCUUAUUGAGGAACUGAUUAUGUUACGUUUCAAGUGACUAUAUAAUUGUUUGAUUUCAAUUGACUUAAUACCUAGCUAAAGUUUGAAUUUGUUUAUAUAAUUUAUAACUGAUAUAAUAUCUUUCUCAAAUCAGUACGUAUUUACAUUAUAACUGAA